AGUAACACUAUUAGAGACACUAUAGAGUAGGUGGAAGUCGGAGACAAUGUUAGAACACUUCGGGUGGACCCGAGAUAAGUGACAGGAAGAGCUGAGACAAGUCUGUGAUCACUGCUGUUCUCGUCAUCUCUCAAACACCCAUCAUGUCGGCCACAUUACGUCCUUACCUGAAUGCUGUUCGGCACACACUCUCAGCUGCAAUGUGUCUUCAUAAUUUUAACUCUCAAGUUGUAGAAAGACACAAUAAACCUGAAGUAGAGGUUAGAUCAAGUAAGGAACUCUUGAUGACUGCUGUUGUUGUUAGUCGAAAUGAAAAAGAGAAAGUUCUAAUAGAACCAUCCAUCAACUCCAUCAGGAUUUCCAUCUCUAUUAAACAAGCAGAUGAUAUUGAACGUAUCCUUUGUCAUAAAUUUAUGAGAUUUAUGAUGAUGAGAGCUGAAAAUUUCAUAAUUCUACGUAGAAAACCUGUACAGGGCUACGACAUAUCUUUCCUCAUAACGAACUUCCACACAGAGCAGAUGUUCAAACACAAACUGGUAGAUUUUGUCAUUCACUUCAUGGAAGAGAUUGAUAAGGAGAUUUCGGAAAUGAAACUGGCUGUGAAUGCUCGAGCCAGAGAAUGUGCCAUGGAAUACUUAAAAAGAUUCUGAGUGGUAAUAAAAAUGUUAGUGCACAGCAAUCUGUCAAAUCAUUGGGGAUUCUCAAGGUAGGAGGCAAGACUUAUAGCGUCUUUUCUUUCACCUUGUGUUUCAUGUGUGAAAAACAAAUUUCAUGACUGAUUUUAUUGCUUUGGAGUGAUAAUUUACAUUGGUUUGUAUUUGUGUAUCAUAAAAAUCACAUCUUCACAAACAAAAUCCAUUUUUGUACAUUUCAAACAUUGCACAAAAUUAUUUUUUGUUAAAUAUAUAAAAGUACUAUAAUUAGCAAUGCUUUUUUAAUGCAUAUGAUGUAUCCAAAUAAUUGUGGGGAAUUAAAAUGGUUGUUCGCAAUACAUUUAAACCAUUCCAAAUUUUAUAUGAAACUUCAAACACAGGCUCUUGCUACAGGUUGUUUAAUUCACAGCGACUGUUUAGCCAAGUUGUGUUAUUAUAUACGGUGCACUUUUAUACUAGUUGUCAAAGAAAACAUUUGUGUAAGUUGGAAUACUAUUUUGUAUGACUGAUACUGUCUUGGUAUAUCUUAUUAAGUGUAUUGUACAACAGUUUUGAUUGUGAAUAAUAAUUUAUCAAUACGGCCAUUAAAAGAGUAUUUUAGAAAUGAGGUUUAAGAAAUUAUUAAAACAAUUUCUUGAGGUGGAAAUAAUAUCUAGUGCAAAUGGUGCUGGCCCUUCAUGAAAUCAUGAUGAAAAUUUUCAAACUUAAAAUACUUAAAGUUUAGCAAUAAAUUAAUGUCUAUAUGUAAGGAAUAAUGAAUAUCCCAGUUAUUAGGCAUUCAAUUUAAAACGUUAAACACUGUUAAGCUGAGGUGUCAAAUUUACUUGCUGUGGUAGGCCAUAAUGAUAUUCUAUAGUGAACUAAAGCAUUAAAUUUCACCGUGCUGUUUAAAAUGUUCGUUACACCUCCCCAACAUACUGUUUUAUCCAGUUAAUUAUCAAUUUUCUCUCUGAGAAGCUUACAUUUGAAAAAGCUCACCAUUAUCUUGAUAUAUUGCUUCUGAAGUUCUUAAUAUGCAUUUAUUCAAGAAGUCCAUUUUGGAAAAAGAUUUUAAUGUCAGUUUUGCGCAUAUGAACACAAGCAAAACUACCCAACUUCCUUUCCCCUUCCCCCAAGCCCCAAAAACCAUCUGUGGUCUGUGUAAUUCAAAUGAGCUUGGCGAGCCUAAGCUGAUCCAUAGGGCGUAUGUUUGACACCCCUGCUGUCAAGGCUGUUUUAAUUUUUCUGUAAUUUGCAGCUGGUAAUUUUGUUAAUUACCAAAGUUUUACACAUGUGGUAAGUUUAUAAGGAGUAUAUUGAUAACAUUACAUCAACACAAUAAAAAUGGACAUUACUUUUUCAUGUUAUUGUAGUAAUUUACCAAAUUUAUAUAUCAAUAGAGCUUAAAUGAACCAAGAACAGUAGCUGGAUCUCAUUUUGUCUGUGUUUCCCUACAUACUAAUGAUUAACUUAUUCAAAAUAGAUGUAAACACUUAACUAUAUAUUAAUUUGUUAAUUUAUAUACUUAUGUUUAUAAUUAUGCUGAGUUCUAGGAAACACUUUCAAUUAUUUUACAAAUGUAGUUAACAUUUGUAAUUAAUGCAUUUUCAAGGCAAAAUAUUCACUUGUCAUUGGUUAUUACUGACCAAGAAUAAAAGCAAUUUUUUUUCUUGGCGGGGGGGAGGCAUUAAAUCCAAAGAGGUCAUAUAGCACCUGGGAAAUGGAUGGUAUUUAGGCUUGCUCCAAUGGGAGGAUAAGUCCAGUAUAUUGAAUCAGGACAGCACUAAACCCAUAUGGAUUAUAUAACAUUUACGGAACAGGAGGCAAUCAAGUUUGAUCCAAGGAAGGGGAGGAUGAGUACAGUUUCUUGGAUCAAGAGCCUUUACUGGUAUCUCCACUGAGGGGCAAAAAAAAAAAAAAAAAAAAAUAUAUAUAUAUAUAUAUACUUUAAAUACUGCCAACCUGAAUCUGACAUGAUUUUAUUUCUGUUUUCAUAUCUUGUUCUAUACUUUAUCAAAGAUAAAAAGUACAUUCUGUAUUUAAAUUUUAUUAAUUUCAGGUAUUCUGAUUAAUAAAGGAUGUAUAAAACUGAUUUAUGAAGUUAUUCAGCUCCUUUGAGCUGCAUGUUGAAAAUACAUAUGUAAGAAUUAAA